AUGGCUUGGGCAACAACCGAAGAAAACACUUGCCUGCGAGCGCGUCAGAUCCGCCGCUAUUAUGACAAGCACAUCGGUUCGGAAGGCCCCCUGAAGUACGGAGACAAGAUCCUCCUAUCUGACAUCGACCUCGCCACGACUUUCGCUCCAGACUAUAGUCUUAAGCUUUGUGCUAAGGGUGAGGAAGAGUAUCCCGAGCAGUGGGAUUCGAAGCCCAAAUCGCUUUCUUACACCCUUAGCAACUUCCGUCUCAAGGCCAAGGAGCUUGCAGCUGCCAUGGGCAAGGAGAUCGAGGAUUUCAUGACCAAGGACGCAACAAAUAUUCCACCAGUGUUCCUUGGGGGUAAUGGUGAUAGGGCUCAUGUUCGUUCCCUUGAGUUGAUUGCCGGCUGCCCGAAGAGGGAAUUGGCGGAGGUCAAAAAGGGAAAGAAUGCUGCUGAGGAGGAGGCUAAGCAAUACUUGGCUCGAGCUAAGAAGGCUGAGGCUCAGCUUAAAAGGCGUCUGGGGGAGCGCGAAGAGGAAGAAGAGGGAGAAGACGACGAGGAUAGGAAGAGGAAGAGAAGGAAGAUUGGUGAAGCAAGCGAUGGAGUGCGAGAGACUAUACACUGA